GCUAAAAAUUAUGAGCAAAAUCUUGAUGCAAGAGUAAAACGAGUUACCAAAAAACUUCAUAGUGAACUUGAAAUUUAUGAAAAUAAUAGAGCUCAAGAUUUCAUGGCAGCAAUUCAAGAAUAUAUUAAGAAACAAAUUUUAUUUGAAAAACAACAAUUAAAAGAAUGGGAAAAAUUAAAGUUGUUCAUAUUUAUGAAAAAGAAGAACUUGAUCCUCGUGCUAUUGCCGAGAGACUUAGUACUUUUGGUUAAUAAUUAA